GUUAUUAUUAGUAUUAAUAAGCAAUGUUAAGCGUAUCUUCACACAUUCAUUAGUUUCACACAGAAUCCCUCUUGCCCAGUCAAACAGCAACGGUGUCUAAUAAUAAAGACGUCAUCCGCUGCUCCGACGGAGUGCGCAGCUUCUAACUGUAGAUAGGACAACAAUCUCAGCAUGCUUGCGCACAACAUAGGAAUCUUCUUCUUCUCAUCUUCUCAUCUUGCAAAUCGAAACACAUGACUAUUGAAUUCUGCAUUAGGUCCGCAGCUCGGAGAGCGUCGUGUGCAGGACAUAAAUAACCAGGGGAUCCGAGUUCCUUUCUGCACGUUAGCACAGCGUACUGCUACCAAUAACAGCGCAGGAAUAUGGAGGAGACCUGUGGCCUUCCCCUGAACAAGCCCUCAAACAAUCUGGUGGAGUGGAGGAAGAGAGUCAAGUCUGAGUACAUGAGGCUUCGGCAACUUAAGCGCUUCCGUAAAGCGGAGGAAGUCAAGUCACUUUUCAUGGCCAGUCGCAGGAAGAUCAAGGAAAGGACCAGCCUGCUAAAUGAUGAGUGGUCCAAGCUGAGAAUACAGCCCAUUCCGCUCGACUCUGCCGUGGGAUCGGUGCACAACAACAAGCAGUGUGUGGUGGAAUCUGGUUUCCCUGCAUUCAAGAAGCAGAGCGUUGUGAUGAGGACUCUGAACACUGUGGCUGGAGUCCCUUUCAUGUACUCCUGGUCCCCACUACAGCACAACUUCAUGGUGGAGGACGAAACGUUCUUGCACAACAUUCCUUACAUGGGGGAUGAGGUGCUCGAGCAGGACGAAGCCUUCCUGGAGGAGCUCAUCGACAACUACGAUGGCGUGCACGGGGACCGAGAGGGUGGCUUCAUCAACGAUGAGAUCUUCAAAGAGUUGGUGGAAGCGCUAAGCCAAUACUCAGACCAUGAGGAGGAAGACGAGGGUGGGGAGAAAGUGGAAGAGGAUUUGGAGAGGAAGAGUGUGGCGGAGGAGGUGGAAGAUGUCAAGGUUGGGCAGCCAGUCCUUUUCAGGAAGAAGAGGCGAAGCAUAGCAGAAGCAAAAGAUUUAGCGACUAAUAAGAAGAUCCCCCAUGACAAGAUAUUCAAAGCCAUUGCCUCAAUGUUUCCAUACAAAGGUACAAUGGAGCAGCUGAAGGAGAAGUACAAGGACCUUCUGGAGCCUCCCAGCCCAGUCAAGCUUCCGCCUCAGUGCACCCCCAACAUUGAUGGCCCCUUUGCCAAGUCUGUCCAGCGAGAACAGUCUCUGCACUCCUUCCACACCCUGUUCUGCAGGCGCUGCUUCAAAUACGACUGCUUCCUCCACCCCUUUCACGCCACUCCCAAUGUGUACAAGAGGAAGAACAAGGAGAUCCGAGUGGAGACUGAGCCCUGUGGGCUGGACUGCUUCCUGCUGCAGAAAGGGGCAAAGGAGUUUGCGGAUCACAAUAUGUUGAAGGCCCAGCGAUCGCGGCGGCGGCGAAGGCAGCCUCGCCUGCCCAGCUCCAGCUGUCCGGGGUCAUCUGCCUCCACCGGGGAGAGCAAGGAGGGCGACAGUGACCACGAGACCACCAGCUCUUCAGAGGGGAACUCCCGCUGCCAGACGCCCACGAAGAUGAGGCAGGGAGGGGACGGCGGGGAGGAAACGGAGCCGCAGGUUCAGUGGAGCGGGGCCGAAGAGUCCCUCUUCAGGGUGCUGCACGGUACCUACUACAACAACUUCUGCUCCAUCGCCCGUCUCAUCGACACCAAGACGUGCAAACAGGUGUAUGAUUUCGCGGUAAAGGAGGUGCUCAUCCACCGUGUCCCUCUGGAGGAUGGAGCCAUCUCACCACAGAAGAAGAAGAGGAAGCACAGAUUGUGGGCAAAGAUUCAACUUAAGAAAGAUAAUUCAUCCAAUCAGGUGUACAACUACCAGCCAUGUGAUCACCCGGACCACCCAUGUGACAGUUCUUGUCCCUGUGUGAUGACCCAAAACUUCUGUGAGAAGUUCUGCCAAUGUGACACGGAGUGUCAGAACCGCUUCCCUGGUUGCCGCUGUAAGACCCAGUGCAACACCAAGCAGUGCCCCUGCUACCUGGCUGUACGGGAGUGCGACCCGGACCUGUGCAUGACUUGCGGAGCCGCUGACCACUGGGACAGCAAGAGCCUGUCCUGCAAGAACUGCAGCAUCCAGAGGGGUCUGAAGAAGCACCUCCUUCUGGCUCCUUCAGACGUGGCCGGAUGGGGAACGUUCAUCAAGGAGUCCGUGCAGAAGAAUGAGUUCAUCUCCGAGUACUGUGGAGAGCUCAUUUCCCAAGAUGAAGCUGACCGCCGUGGGAGGAUCUACGACAAGUACAUGUCCAGCUUCUUGUUCAACCUGAACAAUGACUUUGUUGUGGAUGCCACCAGAAAAGGAAACAAAAUCCGGUUUGCAAACCACUCGGUGAAUCCCAACUGUUAUGCUAAAGUGGUGAUGGUGAAUGGAGACCACAGGAUAGGGAUCUUUGCCAAAAGGGCCAUCCAGCAGGGAGAGGAGCUCUUCUUUGACUACAGGUACAGCCAAGCUGAUGCCCUGAAGUACGUGGGGAUUGAGCGGGAGAUCGACAUCAUGUAGCCUGAACCCCCCCCCCCCCCCCCCCCCCACACACACACACACCUGCCGGUAAUGCUACUGCACUUUCCCACAAGUCUGCGUGGGAUCUGGGCAAGGGGGAGCAGUCCCACCCAGGCCAGCCCCCUGUGACAUCACACAUCCGGUUCUGUGCGUUGUUUUAGGUCCAUCUCUCCAGACAGUAGUCUACACCCGUGAAGCUUACAUUGCCAGUUCAAAAAAAUAAUAAUCCAUAGUGGAGUUAAUAUGUUAAUGCAAAAUACUGCUUUUUAUGGUCAAAAAAUGGGGGGGAAAUCUAAGCAACACUUUGUUUUGGCUUCAGUACUUAGAUAUGUAUAUUCUGAAUAAAUGUCAAAAAAGCUAAAGUAAUAGAGAAAUGCAAAUCUGUUGAUAUAUCCAGUCCAUACAACAAAUUUAUCAGUGAGUGUCAUAGCUUUUGUGUGCUGCUCUUUAUAUUCCAGAAAGUGCACAAUUUUUAUUAAGUAUAUCCUGACAAUAGAUUUACUCUGCUUGGUGGUUCCAAGACUGGAGCACUACAUUGCGUAUGUUAUCCCUGCUUCUGGCUAUCCUUGUAAUGCAGAACAUAAGGGACCUUUGAAGCUGCCAUUUGUCUUUAUGAGCUGCUUUGUCUUGACUUUGUGGGCCCUUGUGCGAAAAUCGAUAUUAAUGUCCUGCAAAAUGCAACAGUACGAAACCGACCAAAUGAAUGUGAGCUUUCCUUGGGGGAAAAAAAACAAGCUAGAAAACAUGACUGAUCUGGACCAAUGUGUCCCUCAAAAAUGUAUGCGCAAUAAGCAUGGGUGUAGAAGGGUCUCACUGUAGUGGCUGAUGAAGCUUCUCUACUGCAUUAUGCAGUGUGAACCCACACAGCGAUAGGUCAUAUGCAAGUUGUGCAAAACAUCUGGGAGAUUUUGUAUCCCUGCUGGAAGUUUCAGGGGUUGGGAGGUUGGGAAAUUCUCAUGAGGAGGUUUACAAACUGUACCAAACUGCCAUAUUGGCUGUGCAAUACGGUGUCCCAGCCAUUACCCAACUGUAGAUAGAAACCUGAGAGGUCUUUAUGAAGAGGAGGGUCAGAAAGAUGAUUAAUUUGAUAUAAGUAAGUAACAUAAUACUGGUGGAUUUGAAUAACAAACUCAGCAUUGGAUUUGGUGCCAAUUCAUGUUUUUUUUUUUCCCAUAAUUCAUAUCUAUUAUGUAUUAAUUUAGAAUUAAGAGCCGCUCUUUCUUUCCUAUAUGGAUCUGCCCCAGUGAAAGACUGGUUGUCUUCCCUGAUGAAAUGCAUGUGCCAAUUAUCAACACCCUUUAAAAUGGACUCUUAGACAUGAGAAAUUCUUUAUGCGAAAGGUUCUGACAAAUGACUCAAUUACCAUACACACAGUCCCCUCCAAAAGUAUUGGAACAUUAAGGUAAAUUUCUUUGUUUUUGCUAUGUACUAAAGACAAUUGAGUUGAGAUCAAAAGAUAUACAUGACAGAUCUGAAUUUCAGCUUUUACUUCCUGGUAUUUUUAUCUAGAUUUGUUAAACAACUGACUGGCAGGUGUUUCUUGUUGCUCAGAUGUGUUCUGUUAGAUUUAUUGGUUAAACAAUAAAUAGUUCUGAAUGUCUACUCUUGGUUUUAGCCUUGGGUUUUGCCUGUGAAGACUGCAUUUGUGUUAGAAGAGAUAAACCAACAUGAAGACCAGAGAGCUGUCUUUGGGAGAAAUGCAAGCCAUUUUGAAGCUUAGAAAAGAGGGGAAAUUGAUCAGAGCCAUUGCACAAGCAUUGGGGAUAGCUUGUACAACAACUUUGAAUGUCCUAUAAAAGAAAGAAACUGCUGGCGUACUGAGCAACAGACAUCGAACAGGUGGACCAAGGAAAACCACAGCAGUUAAUGACAAACAUUAUGAGAGCCCGAAGACAUACAAACAAUCUCCACAGGGCAGGGUGAAGGUAUCUUAAUCAACCAUUCGAAAUAGAAUUAGAGAGCAGCAAUAUAGAGGCUAUAUCACAAGAUGUGAUGCAAAUAUGGAAGGAUUUAGACUGGCCAUGUCAAUCGCCAGACCUGAACACAAUUGAGCAUGCAUUUCACCUCCUGAAGAGGAGAUUGAAGAAAAAUAAAAAAAACUGAAAGACGCUGCAGUAAAAGAAGUAUGCAACAGUUUGGAGAUGUCAAUGGGUCAAUUGAUGCAGUUAUUGCAAGUAAGGGAUAUGCUACCAAAUAUUAAGUGUUAUUUACUUUCAUUUUCUUAAAUACUCUCUGUUCCAAUACUUUUGCCCAAUUCUGAACUCUUGUCUCAUGUUCAUCUUUUUAUCUCAACCCCAAAUUUAUUCAGUGUAUUGUAAAAACAAAGGGAUUGGCCUUGCUGUUCCAGUACUUUUGGAGGGGACUGUAUUUCUCAGCAAAAGAUAUCAAUACAUUUGAAAUGGAAAAAGAAUAUAUUCACAUUUAUGGAACCUGUUUGCGUAAAAUGUAAAUUUCAAUACAGGUUGUUAUUUUGAAAUGGGCUGUUGAAACAAGACAUGAAUCAUGUUACUUUGUUUACCACAACCUCAUUUUGCCAUAUAUACAGUAUAUUAUAUAGUCUGUUCUGUUAAAAAAAUACGAGAACAAUUGAUACUUACUUUAAAAAGCAAGUAAAUAGGAGAGUACAAAUAAGUAAACUUUACUAAAUUUGUAUUCAUUAUGUUAAGGUAUAUUACCAUAUUUUAAUUAUGAACUGUCAAAAUCUUGAAUUCAAAAUUGUUUACAAGCAUGUUAUUCUAUCUGAUGGUAAAAAUUGGUUGAUUAAACACGAUUGACAAGCCUGUAUUAUAUUAUCAAAUUUUACCAUUUUAUUUUUAUACAAUUUAUUUUAUUACCUGAGCACCACCUGUAAAUUAUGGGAAGUGAUGAACCUCAGUGUCAUUAAAAAUUGAUAUUUUCCCAUUCCCAGAAAUGGAGGGACAUACACUGUAUAUCGGACCCGUGUGGUUCAACUUAUGUGCCCGUGGUAUCAUUUGAACCAAAAAAGAGUGAUUUGCAUUUUAAAUGUUUAAUCAAAGUUGGUAACUUAAAUAUUUAAAAUGUAACAUUUUACAGUAGUGAAGUGGGAACAGGUUAAGAAGUAUGCCAUUCAAUCCUCUAUUUCACCUCAGUCCAUACAUGCAACUUUUUAAAAAAGGGCUUUUGUAGUGAAAUCUAACCUUGAACUUUGUACUAAGAUGAGGCCGAUGGUUUAAGAAAGGUAGAUGAGCUAUGUAAUCCAAAGCAGGGGUUGAUACUUAUUUUGUGCUUAUAGUUCUAAAAAAUGAAAUCACACUUUCGUUCCUUAUACAGUGCCACAAAAAAGUAUUUGCCCCCUUCCCUAUUUCCUCUAUUAUUGCAUAUUUGUCACAAUUAAUUGAUUAAUAGAUCACUAGACAAAAUGUAAUAUUAGGGCAUAAUCUGGUUGGGCACCUGAGUAGGGCACCUGAGUAGGGCACCUGAGUAAACACAAAACACAUUUUUUAAAAGUAUUUAAUUGACUUAAUGAAAAAGUUAGUGACACCCAUUAUAACCCCUGUGAGAAAGUAAUGCCCUUUAAAUUAAUAACUGGGUGUACCAGCUUUAGUAGAAAUAAUUGCUACCAAAUGCUUCCUAUAAUUUGGUAUCUUUCAGGAAUUUUAGCCCACUCUUCUUUGCAGAGCUGCUUUAAUUAAGAAAAAUUGGUGGGUUUAUAAUUGAGGAAAUCAGAAAGGGGGCAAAUAUGUUUUCACAGCACUGUAUGUCUUUGUUUUUUGUUGGAGGGUGGGGGGAAUUCUGUGCCAAGUUAAGACAAAUACUUUUCCAAAGUCAGCUGUUCUUUGUGAUUUAAUUUUUUGAGGAGAGAUUAUAGUCUGCCCCAACAUGCGCUUAUUUACCAACAUUGGAACGAUACAAGACAGCUGUAAUGUAAUGUGAUUCGCUGUAACUUAUUUGUAACUCUUGUACUCAUUAAAAAUGAUGGCAUUUAA